UAGCACCGAGUCUAUCAAUAAGAAUAAAAUUGCACACCAAAAUUUUUCUAACGCUAAAAUUUCCCAAAAUUCCGCUUUGAAAUUGGACCAUGUUCGUAAUCUUUUAGAAGAACCGAACAGUGCUCAAACACA